AUGGCUAAGACAUGGCAAGCCGCUCAUCCCUGCUCUGCUAAUAUCGAAGACGACUGGGGUGUCCUUGGAGCCACCGGCCAUGGUGGAUGCUCCACGCAACGCACUUUGACAUGGGUACGUAGCCGUAGCGCUAACAUCAUUUCGCCUCGUUCCUCAUCGGGGUGGUGGCAGUCAUUAUCAACCACCCAUAUCCCACCACCGUACCACUGGCUCGACUUGUCUCGAGACUUCAAUCAUCAACUUUUCCACCACGCUCCUUCCGGUCGACCUCUUCACAUCUCUUCACGAUCUUCGGGAAACUGGAAUCUCAGUCGCCCUCCCACCUCCACCUCACAACAGACACCGACCUUCACCGACCUCAGCUCGCUACCCAUCCCGCACCAGGCGACAAUUACCGUGUUUGACUCGUUGACUCGACGUCUUGCACCUUCGACCUUUUCUACUUCCUCAGACCGAUCCAUUCAUAGGACUACCAACCCAUCUCAGGCCAUAGGAUAA